AUGCGUGGAGAAAAAUGUCUACGCUAUCACGUGGCUGGUACGUGGUGGCACUACGAGUGGUGCUUCGAUCGCCACGUGCGGCAGUUCCAUCCUCUCCCCAAGGGCGAAAAUACGAAGGAGAAUAGCAUAAUGCUGGGAGUAUUUAACCCACAAAAACCUGAGCCAUUGCGGGUCUUAGCCGUGGACAAUCUGGCCAGACUCGCAGACCCAGACCGGAUGGGUUAUAUGGCUCACCAGCGAUACAACUCGGGCGAUUUCUGCGAAGCACGAGAGGCUCGUCGCUCUGUGAAGCUCCAAGUUAAAUGCUGUGCACUCCAUGAUAACGAGACUUACGUAGACUCAGUGGAUGAAAAAGCGCCGUGUGAUUACGAGAUGAACGUGUGUUCGCCCGUGGCUUGUGGGCUGAUGCAGAGAGACCAGUUUGUCCUUACAGCACCAACAUCCAUGGAAGAGGACGAACGCAAAGCACUGACUAAGACAGUGAGAGACAUGUUCUAUCACGCGUACAAUGGUUACUUGACACACGCCUUCCCACAGGAUGAUCUACUGCCACUUUCGUGUAAAGGAGGGGAGUUUGAGCUCGGACGACUGCCGAUGCUUACGCUGAUCGAUACAUUGGAUACCUUAGCGUUGCUGCAAGACGCGACGGAGUUCAGAAGAGCAGUAGGACUGGUGGUGGAGAACGCAGACUUUGAUUUAGACACGGAGGUCUCUGUCUUUGAGACGACAAUCCGAAUGCUCGGAGGCCUGUUAUCAGCUCAUCUCUUCGCAGUGAAUACACAGUUAAAGUUGUAUCCAGACGGUGAUUAUGACGACGCUCUGCUGAGGCUUGCUGUGGAUCUGGGCGACCGUCUGAUGCCUGCGUUUGACACCGUUACGGGGAUUCCAUACGGCACUGUGAACUUGAAAUAUGGUGUACCCAAGGGAGAAACGCCAAUUGCUUCGACUGCUGGUGCUGGAUCGCUCUCAGUGGAGUUUACCAUGUUGAGUGUACUGACUGGCGAGCCCAGAUACGCUACUGCGUCACGAGGAGCGGUACGUGCGCUCUUCCAGCGUCGGUCGAAACUUGGAUUGCUUGGGAAACAUAUCAACACGAAGACUGGCGAGUGGACAGAGACCUCGUCAGGUCCAGGAUCCAAUUCAGAUAGCUUUUACGAGUAUCUGAUGAAGAUGUACGAGCUGUUUGGCGACCGUGAGGCCUUGGAGAUGUUCGCGCAAGUUUAUCCGGCGGUGCUGGUUCAUAACAAACAUGGAGACUGGUACACCGAUGUGUCCAUGUAUACAGGUUGCCAUCAUCACAGUGGGAGCUCAGCUAUCAUCUUUGAAAGCCUGGCCUCUUUCUGGCCAGGGAUGCAAGUUGCUGCGGGGGAUUUACAGGUUGCAGCGGAGUCAAUGAACGCCUUUUAUCGGGUAUGGAGAGACUAUGGAUUUCUCUCGGAGCAGUUCAAUGUUGGGGAUUGGAAGCCUGUCAAGUCACGAGGUGGCGGUGGAGCGCGGUAUCCUCUUCGUCCAGAGCUCAUUGAGUCGACUUUUUACAUGCACGAAGCCACCAACGACUCGUCCUGGUUGCGUGCUGGAGCUCACGUGGUUCAUUCGCUGCAGAAAUACACCAAGACGUCGUGUGGCUAUGCGAGUAUCGCUGAUGUCGAGUCCAAGAAACAAGAAGACUUGAUGCCUUCGUUCUUUCUCUCGGAGACGUGCAAGUAUCUCUAUCUGCUGUUCAACACCACCCAUUUCUUCCGUCAAGGCAACUACGUGAUGACCACAGAGGCACAUCCACUACCGAUCCUUCCGACGAAGCUCGUUGAGCCGAUUUUACGAGCAUCCGACGCUAGCAGUGACGUUUUAAACCACAAUCGGUACUCACCGGACCGUGUUAUGCAGUGCCGAGUACCCAAGUUUUACGAUCUCGUCGACUAUUCGAUUCAUUACGAAGGCAAAGUCGUGGCUCGUACCUCGCGUUGUGUGCCACCAGCGCCAUCACCCGCUAAGCUACUGAAGGCGUCCAAGGCGGUGGCUGAGAAACUGGCAGCAGCAUCUACCGAGACAAGUUCUCUGUCUGAUAUCGAGAAGAUUGCAAUGGCUGCUUCAGAUAACGCCAAACCAACGACAACUAAAGAGAAGAAGUCAGAUACUGGCAGUGUAACGUCGGAUGUGCUUCAGGAAUGGCUCCCAUCGUUGCAGAAGAAGCUCCAAACAAUCGGUGGCAAGAAUUUCGACAACAUGUGGCUUGAGAAGCUGCUGGAAGAGAGCUCUGCCACAUCGAAAAAGCAGCCAGUGAGUGAACAAGGGGGGCAAGCUGUGCAGUAUUUGUAUGGUGGCAACCAGCUCGGUGAGUUCCGCGUUGAGCAACUUCCUGGCAGCGUGCGUGUAACUCGAGAAGAAACCGGUGACUGGAUCGAAGCAUCGGGAGUCCAUGACGCUAACCACAUGAUUGUCGGCUUGGGAUUUAACGAUGGCUCGGACGGAGACGCUGGAGCUGAUUCGUACACUUUCGAUGAACCAAAAAGUGACAAGAUACAUGUAGAGCAAGGAGACGAUUACCAGCCUCCGUUUAUGGCGUGGAACUACGUGUACAAGGUGAACGAGGACUUGACGUUACCCAUGGAUCAGCGCUGUUCACUUCGUGUUCAAGUUGGCUACACACCGUAUCCUGGCGAGCUGCAACACAAUCCACACGAGGCUAAGGGCAAACCGAACGUGUGGCUCACUGUACCUUGUGUAGGUGCUGGUUUCGGUGUCACAAGUACAUUCAAGGCAUCUCGUGCGUUCCCUCAUAGCGAACUGGUUCUGGCUGACCCUUUCGAUGCCUGUAGCGACGUGUCGAACUUAACUGAAGAACAUGUCCGAGGGAAGAUUGUACUCGUCGUGCGAGGCGAAUGUUUCUUCGAAAAGAAAGCACGGAAUGCGGCACACUGGGGCGCUGCAGGUGUCAUCGUUGUGAACACAGAAGAUGACGAUCUCGUGAUGGUUAUGGGAGGGCUGGAAGAGAACAGUGAGGAAGCUAUCGAUGAGCCAUUGGAUAUACCUGUCGUGAUGGUACCUCAGCGUCUUGAAGACCACGAGGAAUCCACGGAGACGGAUCGUUCCCUCGAGUGGAUGGCAGAGCUAACAACAUGA